AUGACACAGGUGCAGGGAUUGAUUAUGCUAGGGAAUCAGGUUGGCAUUUUUCGGAUUCUGCGCAAAGAGAUAUUGGCCAAGGCUCAGGAGGGUCAUAUUGCUAAAACCAAUGCUCGUUUGCGUGAGACAAUGUGUUGGCCAGGCAUGUCCAAUGAGGUGGAGCAAAUGAUGGCAAGCUGUGACGUCUGUGGUUGUUACCGUCACCAGCAGCGAAAGAAACCUCUGAUUUAUACACCUUUACCACAGUUGCUGUGGAAUCGGGUGGCGGCGGAUCUCUUUAAACUGCAGGACGACAAAUAUUUGUUAGUAGUCGACUACUACUCACGUUUUCUGGAAGUCAGAAAACUGUCAAGUAUGCAGGCCGUAAAUGUCAUUCAGGCCUUUAAAGGAAUUUUCUCUUCUCAUAAAAUUCCAAUAGAAUUUUUUAGCGAUAAUGGCCCCCGGUUCGUCGGUGCCGAGUUUCAGAAAUUUGCUAAGGCGUACGGAUUUCAACACAGAACGCCAUCGCCUUUACACCCCAAGGUAAUGGAUUAG